CUGCCUAUGAAGCACCGAGUCUGAACCGUGUCUCUCGACAACCUCGGGCCGCACAACCUCACAAAUAUCAAUCGAUGCUCGCAAUUUCUGCACACUGCCCUUGCCACUACCACUCAAGCAAAGCGACGACCUUGGGCAAGCAUUGCAUAUCCCUACAGAAUCGAGUCGUCUAUCAACUAGUCCACACUAGCCUCUGACCUCAACACUCUUGGCAAUCAUGCCUGUGGGCAUCCAGCGCCUUAACGCGAAGAAGUCGCAGCCAAAUCCGCGCAUCAUCUUCAUCAAGCCACUUAAGGGUCCCGAUGAAGCCAUAGCUCUCGACUUUCUUGAAAGGAUUGCUGCACAAUGCCUCCCCAUCAUGAAGGAACACACACUGUCAGUCAUGACCUUGGAAGAGUACGAGCCCAAUAGGGAGUUUGUGGGACGCAACUUCAACGCGGGUGAAGUCGUCCAGCUGGUUCUCAAGUCGCCGUCCACAGGGCGUUGGCUGCCUUUUAUUUAUGUGCAGAUGGUCAUGAUGCACGAGCUUGCGCACUGCAAACAAAUGAACCACUCAAAGGCCUUCUGGGCAGUCCGUAACAAGUACGCGGAGCAGAUGCGUGUCCUCUGGAGCCGGAGCUACACGGGCGAGGGGCUCUGGGGUCGUGGUGCACUGCUAAGCACCGGCGAGUUUGAGCGCAACACCGUGCGGCCCGAUGAGGUCUUGCCGGAGCACACCUGCGGCGGGACGUAUCGGUCUCGACGGCGGAAGCGAGGGAAGCAGCAGCUCUCGUACCAGGAGCAGAAAGCACGGCGGAUACUCAAGAAGUUUGGCCCUAACGGCCAGGCCCUGGGCGAUGACGAGCAUGUCAAGGCCCAGCUUGAAAAGGGUCGCCGGACGCAGGCGAAACCUCGUGUAGCAGGAAGCCAGCGAGGCAGGGAGCUUCGCGCGGCGGCGGCGCUCGCGAGAUUCGAACAGCAGGCGAAAGCAUCAAAAACCGACGAAGAACGGCAAACGGAACCACCCAAGGCCGAGGAGAUCGACUCUGACGAGACGGCAAGCGGCAGUGACUCGGAGACUGCCAGCGACACGGAGCAGGAGCCAGCAGCUGUGGACGUCAAUGGGCAGAGGCUUGUAGAUCAAAAGGGCCGAAACCUGGUCAAGGUGUGCGAGGACGAGAACCUCGAUGACGAUGGAGACGCGCAGAAUGAAAUGCGUGAGCUGCUGCAAAGUUCGCUCCCACAGCCCCAGCCGCCGCCGAGGAAACCAAUCGACAGUUGCUUCCCAGCCCAUGAGUCGGAAGCAAGCACAGCCAGAAGUCCAGAUGGAGCAGGAUCGCCCGAGAGCCGCACCAAAUCUAACAUUCAGCCCAUCGCCAAGGUAGCAAGCCCGGUCAUCGUCGAUCUCGACUCAGAUCCUGACGACGCCGUCUGUGCAAUUCCGGCACCCACAACUAAGGGCACAACUUGCGCCCUUUGUUCGUUCGUCAAUGAAGGCGAUGCUGCGACCUGCAUGGUCUGCUCGCAUGUUCUGGACGCCAGCCGAGUCCCCGGAGCUUGGAAGUGUGGUUCAGCGGUUUGCAAAGGCAGCCAAUACUUAAACGCUGGCGACUCUGGUGUCUGUGGGGUUUGUGGUGAGCGGAAGGGUUGAGGAAGACAUACCUUUUUGGGCUGGUCCAAGAAUGAGUGGACACCGAGUGUCUGAGCCAGGCUGUCUGAUGUAUGUUUUGAUUGUAGUGAGCGUUCUGUUCAGCGGCGUGUUAAUAGAGCCGCGUCUGUCUCCAUGUGUACAGUACUCUCCAGGAACGAGAAG